AUGCUUAGAACGAUAUCUGCCUCAAAGGUUCAACCGGUGAACACCACUUUGAAAAGAAGCAUAUACACCAAUGUUUUGAAGAGUGAUAUCAACAUCACCAAGGCGGGAAAAACCAAUAUUACUGUCGGUAGCGGCGGGAGAUCUUCCAGAACCGGGUACACUGCCACAGUUUUCGGGGCAUCAGGGUUCUUGGGUCGUUACUUGGUGUCGAAAUUGGCCAGACACGGGACCCUCACCGUUGUUCCAUACAGAGAUGACAUGAAGAAAAGAUUCUUGAAAGUUUGUGGUGAUUUGGGGGUGGUGAACUUUGUGGAAUUCGAUUUGAGAAACCUCAAGUCGAUCGAAGACUCUGUCAAGCACUCGGACAUUGUGUUCAAUUGUAUUGGUGCCGAAGCCAACACCAAGAAUUUCAGCAUGGCCGACGUCAACAUUGAAGGGGCCAGAAGAGUUGCCCAAGCGGUCAAGGAUUACGGAGUCCCAAGAUACGUCCAUGUUUCCUCCCACAGUGCCGAUGUGAACUCUAAGAGUAUUUUCUACGCCACCAAAGGGAUUGGUGAACAAGUGGUUAGAGAAAUCAUUCCAGAAACCACCAUUGUCAGACCAGGUGUGAUGUUUGGUAGAGAAGACAAAUUGUUGAACAGAUUGGGGGACGCCAAGAACUUGUUUACCGUCAACCACUCCAAGGAAACCGUUAUUCCAACCCACGUCCAUGAUGUUGCUAAGGCUAUGGAACUCAUUGGGUUUGACGAUUCCACCGCUGGUAAAUUGUACGAAUUGAACGGUCCAGAAACUUUUUCUAUCCACGAAAUCAGAGAAUUGAUCAAGCCAUUCAGUAAGAUCGACUACAGAAACAUCAACUUGCCAAAACCUGUGGCGUUGAAGAUUGCCGAAUUGUUACAAUAUGCUUGGUGGCCACUUGUAAAUCCAGAUCAAAUUGAACGUCAAUUUAUGGAUCAAGUUGUCACCCCAGGAACUCUCGGGUUCAAAGAUUUGGGAUUGACCCCAGAAUCCUUGAGUGACCAUUUGUUCACUUACACUUACCCAUUGAGAAACUACUUGCAUUCUCAUGACUUGCCACCAACUCCAAAACAAGUUAGAGAAAUGAAGAAAUACGUCCAUAUUCUUGAGUAG